AUGGCGUCUGAGCUGAAACAAACUCUAACCAAGAGAUACGGUGCUCUUCAACUAUGGGAGAUCAUAGUGAUUGCUCUGUUCGCAGCUUUUAUAGUAAUCCUCGGCGUUUCAGUAUGGCUCAGCUUCCGUAAAAAGUCAAGAAGAUCUAACUUUACACAGCUUCCUGUAACGCAAAGCCCUCGACUUCCCGAAGAAAUCAAAGAAAUAAGUGUUGAUCACGUUUCAUCUCACAGCAAUGGUACUUCACAUCAAACACUAGAUGAGAAAUUCGGAGAGAAGGACAUUGAGAAUGGCAACAACUACUCUGGUUCUCUAGAGAAAAAAACAGCGGUUGGGUCACAUUUGUCUCCUACGACUACUCCUUCACCUCUCUCUGGUCUUCAAGAGGGUUCUCACAUUGGUUGGGGCCAUUGGUUCACUCUCCGUGACCUUCAAGUCGCGACUAAUCAUUUCGCCAAGGAGAAUAUCAUCGGUGAUGGUGGCUAUGGAGUUGUCUACCAUGGAACUCUUACUAACAAAACCCCUGUAGCUGUCAAGAAGUUACUCAACAAUCCAGGUCAAGUUGAUAAAGAUUUCAGAGUUGAAGUGGAGGCUAUAGGACAUGUGCGGCAUAAGAAUUUAGUUAGGCUUCUUGGAUAUUGCGUUGAAGGAACACAUAGGAUGCUCGUUUACGAGUACAUGAACAAUGGGAACUUAGAGCAAUGGCUUCACGGAGACAUGAAUCACCAAGGCCAUCUCACGUGGGAGGCUCGGAUCAAAGUUCUCGUUGGCACUGCAAAAGCGCUGGCUUACCUUCAUGAAGCUAUUGAGCCGAAAGUGGUGCAUAGAGACAUAAAGUCGAGCAAUAUACUGAUGGAUGGAAACUUUGACGCCAAGUUAUCUGAUUUUGGUCUAGCUAAAUUGCUUGGAGCUGAUAAAAGUUACGUCAGUACUCGAGUUAUGGGUACAUUCGGGUGA